AUGAAUAUUAGUACAUUGAUACUCAACAAAUACAUCUUUGCAACAUACAACUUUACCUAUCCGUUCACACUUACUGCCAUACACAUGUUUGUGUGUUGGUUGGGUGCACGUACAGUAUUGAAACAUUUCAGUCAUUAUUUGAUUGAUACGAGCGAUGCAGCAUCUCGAGCAUCAUUUGACAGGAUCGAGUUUAACGAACAACUCAACAAGAUACUUCCACUGGCACUGUUAUUUGCUGCUAAUAUUGCAUUGGGUAAUGUGUCGUUGAGAUUCGUACCCGUCUCAUUUAUGCAAACUAUCAAAGCGAGUGUACCACUCUUUACAGUGGCUAUCCAGGCUUGUUACUAUCGCAAGCAGUUUUCCAAAUCAACAUACCUCUCAAUGGGUCCGAUUGUCGGUGGUGUGGCCUUGGCUAGUCUCAGCGAGGCCAAUUACAACCAUAUCGGGUUUUACGCAGCUCUUUUGUCGUCGGUAGUCACCGCUCUGUUUGCCAUCGUGUCGGGGAUCACCCUCCAACAGCGUCUAAUCAACCCUAUCAACUUGCUCUACCACAUGACCCCAUGGAGUGCAGUCUUUCUCGUGCCGUGCAGUAUUGCAUUCGAAAUGCAGGAUAUGGUCGAGUGGUUAGCCUACCGUUACGAGCAGUCUCUCGUAUCCCUAGUGUGCGUGCUCUUGGUGUCUGGUUCAAUCGCCUUUCUACUCAACAUUUGCACAUUCUUUGUCAUCAAGUACACGUCGGCACUCACCUAUACCGUGUCUGGGAACCUCAAGGUCAUCCUCUCCAUCUCCAUCUCCAUUGUCGUCUUUCGCAAUGAAGUUGGGUUCCUCAAUGCCAUUGGCUGUGCCGUAGCAGUUAUCGGUGUCAUUUGGUACAGUCAAAUUGGUUAUGAAUCAAAGAUACAACAACAACAACAACUACAAUUACAACUUGUCCAACCGUCAUAUAAUAGUAGUAGUAUGACAACAGAUCAACAAAUACAACAACACCAACAAGAGAGAUUAAAUGAAAAUGGACAAGAUGAUGACGAUGAUAUAGAAGAACAAGAGGAUGGAAAAAUAUUUUCAAAGUCUAUCAAUCAUAGUAAUAAUGAUGAUGAUUGUCAUCGUCACCAUCAAAAAGAGUUUGAAAUGAUCGAUUUAAAUAUUCAUCAAUCAUCAAUGGAUCAUCAACCACAACAAAUAGUAGACAUUGAAGAUGAAUCAAAACAAUCACUAUUGUCACCAUCGAGGUUAUGUAAAAGUCAAGAUGGAGCCAAUUCAACUGGUAUUGAUGAAGGUGAUACUGAAAAUACUGUUGAUAUUCCACACGAGGAAGGAUUUAGUUUUAAAAAAUUAAAAGCAUAUUUAGGACCAUGCUUCUUUGUAAGUGUUGGUUAUAUGGACCCAGGUAAUUGGGCAACUGAUUUAGAAGGUGGAUCAAGAUUUGGGUUUGCUUUAAUUUGGGUAUUAUUAUUAAGUAAUAUAAUGGCUUUAUUUCUUCAAACUUUAUCAUUUAGAGUUGCCAUUGUUACAAAAAAGGAUCUUGCACAAUUAUGUAAAGAGGAAUUUACACAUAAACCAAUGAGAAUUUUAAUGUGGAUUAUAUUUGAGAUCACUAUAGCAGCUACGGAUAUGGCAGAGGUGAUUGGAACGGCGAUUGGAUUACAAAUACUGUUUGGUAUUCCAUUGAUUGCUGGUGUGGUUAUGACUUCAGUUGACACUCUUUUAUUCCUAGCCAUUCAGAGAUGGGGUAUUAGAAAGUUGGAAUUAAUCAUCAUUUUAAUGUUGGCAGUCAUCACAUCUUGUUUUGUCGUAGAAUUGGUUUAUGCAAAACCAGAUGCCAAGGAUGUAUUCGCCGGGUUUAUACCAUCACUCACAACAGAGAGUGUAGUUGUAGCAAGUGGUAUCAUUGGUGCAACUGUAAUGCCUCAUAAUUUAUUCCUUCAUUCUGGUGUUGUAAAAUCAAGAAAGGUUGGUAAUGAAAGAUCAAGAGUUUAUCAAGCACUAAAAUAUAAUUUAUUAGAUACUAUAUUAGCAUUGAAUGGUGCAUUCUUUGUCAAUGUUUCGAUUUUGAUAUUAUCGGCAAGCAUCUUUUAUAAGAAUAAUUAUGUUGUGACUGAUUUAAAAGAGGCGUAUAAUUUGUUGGGAGAUUUGAUGGAUAGCAAGACUAGUAGUAUUCUAUUUGGUAUUGGCCUUUUAUGUGCUGGUCAAUCGUCGACUAUCACUGGUACAAUGACAGGACAAAUUAUAAUGGAGGGGUUCUUGGACCUCAAAAUUGCACCUUGGCUAAGACGACUCAGCACACGAUUACUCGCUAUCAUUCCAGCUGCCAUCAUCAUUAUCGUUUCGGGUGAUCAAGCAACCUACCAACUACUUAUAUUUUCUCAAGUCAUCUUAUCGAUUGCUCUACCAUUUGCAGUAAUACCAUUGAUUCAAUUUACAAGUAGUGAAUCAAUCAUGUCACCUUUUUAUAAGAAUCCUUUAUGGGUUACAAUUAUAACAAUAUUAAUAGCAAUGUUUAUUGUUGCAAUUAAUGCAAUGACUGUUGUAUUAUUGAUUCAUAGGUUUUUAUUUGCAGGAUUGGCAAGUAAGAUUUUGACUUGUAUAUUUUUAAUUCCUUUGGUUUUUUGCAUGGCAAUCUUAUUGAUUUGGAUGAUUAUCAGAAAAAUACCUCGAAUAUAUAAUCUUUUAAUAAAACAAUGA